UGUAUCUUUUUAAAUGGGUAUUUGUUUCUUGAAGAUUUUGUUAGCGAACAACUGUAAUUUGAGGAGUGCGUCCAGCACCAAACGGGCAGCUAGCUCUGAUGGGAUAUUUUAACCUAGUUCUGCACAGGCGCUCCAGGUUUUCGCGGUAGUAAUAAUCGGAAACAAAUUCAGGUUUCGGUAUAGGCCUACGCAAGACUCCCUGCAAAUGCUUCAAGAUGGUUUGGUGCAAAGGAAUUGUUCUUGUAUUUGGGAUUUUGGCGUUCUUUUGUGGAUCAAUACUUGCUGUUUUAGGUCCUGGAGACAAAUAUAAUGGAUAUCAAGUUUGGCGCGUAGUACCUACCAACGUAGACCAAAUCAGAAGUCUCAUUAAACUCGAGCACAACUUCGAUGGAUUCGAUUUAGUCGACUUCUGGAGAGAGGCGACACCGUCGUCGCUUCACCGUCCGGUCGACAUCAUGGUUCCACCGAGCCUACGCAAUAACCUCCGUGACAUCCUGACGUCCCUUUCUCUCGACAUCGAAAUCAACAUCCCUGACGUUGGAGCUCUAGUGACUGGCCAGAUGUCAGAGAUUCAAACGAGACGCGCGAACGAGCCAGUCGGUACAGCAGCCCUGUCAGAUUUCGACUACACACGGUACCACACUUACGACGAGAUCCAGCAGUGGGUAUCAGAUAUUGUGACAGAGUACAGUGACAUCACAUCUCACUUUUUGCUUACAACGUCAUAUGAAGGAAGGCCAAUCAAUGGAUUCCGAAUCAGAGGAAGAAACAGUGUUGCCAGUGAUCCUCCUCCCCCAGCGGUGUGGUUUGAGGGCGGUAUACACGCCAGAGAGUGGAUCAGCCCAGCCACCGUUAUGUGGUUUACAGCACAGCUUCUACAAGAUUAUGAAGACGGUGAUGAAUUGGCUAUGAGUAUGUUUGAUAACAUGGACUGGUACAUCGUCCCAUCUCUCAAUCCAGAUGGCUACACCUACACUUGGACUAACGACCGACUUUGGCGAAAGACCAGAUCGGAUAAUCUAGACAGCACAGGUAGUGGUUGCAGGGGAGCCGAUCCGAACCGCAACUUCCCUUUCGGAUGGGCCGGAAACGGUACCAGUCCAUUCCCGUGUUCUAACAUCUAUCACGGCAAAUCGGCUCUCUCCGAACCCGAAGUCGAUGGCGUUGUCGAAUAUCUUCGCAACCUGAAGGCUAAUAACCAGAACUUCCUCAUCUUCCUCGAUUGGCACAGCUACGGACAAUACUUCCUCUCUCCGUGGUCGUACUCUGCCUACGCCCCAAACCCUCCCGAUUACGACGCCAUGAUGGCAAUGGGUAAGGCAGCGAGUGAUGCCAUAGCAGCCGUGCACGGUACGGUCUUUCAGAGUGGCUCAUCCAUUGAACUUCUGAACGAGGCAGCAGGAUCCAGCAAAGAUUGGGGAUACGUCCCGUACGAUGAGACCAGCAAGUUUAGGGGUGGUCUUGGUGCCAAGUACUCUUAUACUGUGGAACUUCGUGACAAGGGAACCUAUGGUUUCCUGCUGCCCGAGGACCAGAUUCAACCCGUAGGGGAAGAGAUGUAUGCUGGGGUCCGAGCCAUCGGGGAUUACAUUCUUAGAGAACUUGGCUUUAUUCCGUAGCUUCCAGGUCUUCGUUACACAAAGUUUGGCCAUCAAUGGCGAAACAAACUGCCUCCGUUAUAAUUCCCAUCUAAACAUUCUUCUGCAAACCAUAAAAAAUAUAUGUCUUACCAACAACACUAUCCAACGUUUUAAGAGGACAACUUGAAUCAGCCCUUGUUGAAAAUACAUCAGGGAGUUAGGACAUAACAUUAAAUGUGACUAGUCACCCCCCUCCAAAAAAAAAAGUCAGGGAAUGUUCUCUGUAAAUAACCAUAAUGUCAACUUGGUCUUUAAAAAUGAAAACAGUUGUUAAACUAUAUCUGAAAGAAUGAUUAUUCUUCACACUGUCUUUUUACUGUAAAUGUAAAGAUCAGAGAGGACAUUUCAUGCUUUUGUGAACCCCAAACUUCGAACUUUGUUUUCUCUAGCUUUGAAGCUCUCAUUGAAUCUUGUUUAAACAUUCAUUAAAAUACUUUUGCGAGUUAUAUUUGAGCAAUUGAUUUACAUAACGUAUGUUAAUUAGAAAAACUUAUUACCUUUACAAUUAUUUAUCGUGUACAAAAUUGUAUUGAACGGUAUGCUGUUGAUAAAAUAAACAUUUUCCCCUAUUUUACCCGACAUACACGUAUACUGAUGUUCACAAUGUACUGGUCGUUUAUUUUGGAAUUGAUUAAUCUAUACGUAUACAUUUACUACAACCUAUAUGGAUUUAUUCCUAAUAAACCUGGAUUGAACUUGGAUGUCAACAAUGGAUAUAUUUAUACCAUAUUUCCCGUCAACUCUGUCCAAACAGAUAAUCUUGAAAUUAGGAAUUCAGAUCACUUUUUGUUGAAUGUAAAAUAUUGAUCUCAAAUAACUUUACUUUCAAAAUGGGAUUAGUCUAAAUUUUUCAUUAAAAAGCCAGUUUCCUUUGCGUGACAAUGGCGAGUUCUUGCACUACAACUCAGGACGAAUUCUAGAGCACAGUAAAUGUAUUGAAAAUGCACGUCAAAUGACAAUGAACAGCUGACAUAUCUUUGUGAAAUAUUGGUGACAAAAAAUGUAAUAUAAUUUGUCCAGACUCUAGGACGAAGCUUUGUUAUGAUUUACCAAUUUUCGACAAACACUUUCUUGGAUGCUCAUUGUCAUGAAGGGCAUUUGCCAAUACAUUUUCUAUGUUCUUAAAAGCGUUAUGUGUCGUGGUGCGAACAUCCAUUUGACAUUAAGACGUAUUUAAAGGUAGGCCUUUCUCACUAUUAAAGUCGACUGUCAAACAUUA